AUGCCAGCCUGUGGAGAUGUGGUAUCUCCCCGCCAGCUCACCAUCACCAUCCUGUUUGUGUUCUGUGUUGCUGGAAUCCUGGGCAAUGGACUGGUGCUGUGGAUGGCUGUAUUCUGCAUGACCCGCACUGUCACCAUGAUCUGGUUCUUCAACCUGGCCCUGGCUGACUUUACCGUCCUCCUGUCUGUGCCCAUUUCCAUAUAUAUCAUAGCCUAUGGCUGGUGGCCUUCUGCUAACUUGGUCUGUAAACUCUACAUGGCCUUUCUGGUUCUCACCUUCUUCGUCACCAUCUAUUUGCUGGUCCUCAUCUCUGUGGAUCUCUGCCUCUUGAUCCUGUCCCCCGUGUGGGUCAGAAACCACAGAACAGUGCAGCGAGCCGCAUGGCUGUCCAUCACGGUGUGGCUGCUGGCAGCUGCUACCUGUUCUCCAUACUUGAAGUACCGAACUACUGGGAAACUACAUGGCUGUGAAUAUUGCUACUUCGACUUCAAUUCAGAGAAAGAGACAGGGCAGGAUUGGAGUGCAACGGUUGCUAAGCGACAGACGGCAAUAGCCAUCACUCACUUCCUGCUUGGCUUCCUAGUCCCCCUGACUGUCAUCAGCAUCUGUGCUCACUGCAUCCGGUCCAGGCUCCGGACAGAGGACCGGGUGCAUGCAAGGUGGCCCAAGAAGCUGCUGGUAGUGGUUGUAAGUGGCUUCUUCAUCUUCUGGUUCCUUCUUUACAUGGUGCUCUUGGUGAAGUCAGUGCUUUUGAUGUCUCUACAGCAGCCGCUCUACGGCAAGAUGGCGCUCAUGUCAUGGGCUGCCUUUGCCUUGGGCUGCUUCAACAGCUGCCUCAACCCCUUCCUCUAUGUCUUCAUUGGCAGAGAUGUCCAGCAGAAAAUUUUCCAGUCUCCAUCUUCUGCCUUGGCUAGAGUGUUUGGGGAAGAGGGUUUUAUCAGUCAUCCUAUCUCUGAGGCCAAUACCCCAGCAGAGGGUGGAAACCUUACAGUUCAAACUAGAAGUCCACCUUCAUAG